ACAAUGUUUACACACUGAACUACUACGAGGAGGGGAGCCAUCGAAGAAAUUUCGACAAUAUUUUCAACAUAUGGUCGAGGUCUGUGGCGAAAUUCUUGAAUCUUUAGUGCUCCUGUCCGUUAGGGUUCAAAUUAUUUGGUGGGUUCAGUCGAAUACAGAAGAGGUUUGUUGUGCGUCGUGUUUUGAUUGCAAAGGAGGUGGUUAUUUGGAUUUCAGUGAGCCCUGACUUGCGAAAUGCUGUGAAGUUUAGAAAUCUGGACAGGGUUUUUGGGUUUAGGGUUUACCAUCGGUAGUGAGCUGCAAAAUGUGAGAAGUUUUUGUUGGGGAGGGGGGGGGGGGUUGUUGGUGAUUUUUAGUUUUUGGUGGAAAGUAGGGCAGCUGUGAUCAUGUUGAAGGGAGGUGGAGUUGUGGAGGUUUCUGACGAUGACGAUGGGGACUUCGAACCGCUUCCUCUACGAUUGUCUCAGUUUUGCAGUUGGAUCAAGGUGGCUAAGGUCAGACCUGGAAAGCGAAAAGCAGUGCAAGCAAGUAAUAUUCCUAACAAAACUACUCCAGUAGUCAAGGCAUCCCCUUAUUUUGUUGGUACUCAGAGUACCCCUUCCAAGUCGGCUCCAUCUCUCAGGUUGCAGAGGGCGACAUUUGAAUCUACACGGAAGAAGUCCAACGACAAUCUUGCCUCUUCAUCUCUUCCCUCACAGUGCGAUGAUGCGGUACCAAAUCCAAUUAGUUCUGCCAGAUCUGGGAAAGGUGCUCAUGAACUUUCAAGUUUUAAAAGGAAUGGAGGGUCGGCUGUUCAGAUUGCUCAGAGCGAUAACUUGCAUGCACAAGCAGUUCCAGACGGGGUUGCAUUAUCAGGGAAGUUUCAUGUUUCUGGACCAUUUCCAGCUCACUCUGUGCACGCUGGUUCGCGUCUUCAUAACGAUAAUAAUACCAUAGUAAAGUUAACAGCCAGAUUUGAAUUUGAGAAGCCAUCAAGUGCAGAAGAAAAGACAGGUGAUACAUUUUCAGGUAAUGAUACUAUUGAGGGUUCAGUAGGGAUCUUAGGAGGGCCCUCUAAAAGCAGCCGAAAGCGGCAGCUUUGUAAAGCAGUGGACAGAGUCCUCGAUGAUAGCGGAACAGGUCAGAUUGCCACAGUUAGAAUUGAAUCUUCCAAUUCGGGGAUGGGAGUCAAUGGUGGACUCAAACGUGAAGGCUGCCAUAAUACUUUGGAUGUGGAUUCAUCUAUUCAAGGGAUCAGGGGGGCAUUGAAUGGUAAUACAAGUUCGAAAACACUCUUUGAGAAGACCGGAGGUUCUCGAGUGAAGAAGACUGGGAAGGUUGCUGUAAGGGAGGUAAUAAACAGCACAGAGACAAGUGAGAUCAAGAGUGCAACAUAUGAUCAUGAUGAUAUUUGUAAGGAGGAAAUGUGGGAAGAAGAGUUUGCAUCGUUUGCAAGUAGGCAGUCUACCCAGUCAUCAUCUGCAGUGCAGUCUAAUGUUACUAGUGCUUUGCAUGCACUCGAAGAGGUUGCCUCCAAGGGACAAAUAUUGCACAUCGAGAAAAUCCCAGCGAGACCUGCUGCUUAUACCAACCAGGACUUCAAGCUUCCAAAGAAGCUACAGAAGGCUCUUCAAGAAAGAGGAGUGAAGAAGUUUUAUUCGCAUCAGGCUGCGGCAAUGGAUGCAGUAUUCAAUGGGUCAAGCAUAGUUGCAGCGACGCCAACAGCUUCUGGCAAAAGCAUGACGUAUAUCAUUCCAGUGCUAGAUUCUUUGUUGAAGGUGCCUAAAUCAAGAGCUCUCUUCAUUUUCCCAGUGAAGGCCCUGGCACGGGACCAAUUGAAAAUCUUAUCUGACUUGGUGGCGGAAGUAAAAAAAGGCUCUCGUUGUUAUUGCUAUGAUGGAGAUACUGACAUGGAUCAAAAGGCACACAUACGGAAGACUGGAAAGAUAGUCUUGACUAACCCGGAUAUGCUACAUUUUGGGAUUCUUCCCCAUCACAAGUUAUGGGAGCAGUUCUUCUCGAACUUGAAGUUUGUAGUUGUCGAUGAAGCUCAUACGUAUCGAGGCAUAUUUGGGAGUCAUGUUGGCUGCAUAUUGCGCCGGCUCUUGAGAAUUGCUCGUCAUUAUGGUUCGGAGCCCAUGUUUAUAUGCUGUUCCGCCACAAUUGCCAACCCAGAGCAGCACGUGAAGAAGCUGACAACAAUCGAUAUGGAAGUGAUCCAUGGGUCUGGUGCCCCAGCUGGCGAAAAAUACGUCUUAUGUUGGUUGCCACCAGAAACGAAGUAUGGGGUUCGUCGCAGUGUAUACAAAGAAGCUGUUAAAAUUGUGGUAGCAUUGAUCAAAGCAGACCUUCAGAUUUUGGUCUUUGUGGAAGCUCGCAAAUCCUCUGAGAUUGUUUGCAAGCUAGUCCGUGAGAAACUUACUAAACAGGAACCAACCAUUGCUUACGAAAACAUGAUUCUGAUCUUGCAGAGACGCAUUGAUCUUGUGGAAAAAGUGGACAGUUACAGAGCAGGUUAUACACAAGAGGAAAGAAUAGCACUGGAAAAGCGUUUACAGGAUGGUGAGUUACGAGCGCUUGUAACCACUCGAGCCUUGGAACUUGGGAUCGAUGUGGGCAAAUUGGAUGCAACUGUCCAUGUAGGACUACCAGAUACUAUGUGCAGCCUGUGGCAACAGGCAGGUCGUGCCGGUAGAAGGCAGGGAGCAUCCUUGGCAGUGAUACUAGGACGAGAGAGAUCACUUGAUGUUUUCUACAUGAAGAACCCUCAAAAGCUCUUCAGUAGAGAUGUGGAGCAGGCGGUUUGCAAUCCCACCAAUCCUCACGUACUGCGCUUGCAGCUUCCUUGUGCCGCCCAAGAACUUCCGCUGAGUGGUAAUGAUGUGGAAUACUUUGGAGAGAACUACAAGAAGACGAGGGACGAGCUUGUGUCUGAGGGAAUUCUGCAAUACAAGACAGGGCCAAGAGGGGAGAGUGUGUAUGGAUAUCGGUAUGAUGACCACCCGGGGAGUGAAAUAUCUAUACGGGGGCUAUCCAGUAAUCGGUUUCAGUUGCUGGCAGGGGAUAACGAAGUUAUAGAAGAAGUGGAUGAAAAGAUGGCCUUGAGGAUGCUGUAUGACGGAGCAAUAUAUCCUCAUGCAAGAGAUACCUACAGAAUAAAGCACUUGGAUAUCAAGAACAAGAAAGCUUUCGGGGAGUUGUGCGUAAAACCUCACAUGACUGAGGUGAGCGUGAAAACGAAAGUACAAAUAUUGGAUAAGAUGGCCUCUCGAGUGACUCUGGGAACACGCAUACAUCUGGGAAAGCUUGAAGUCAUUGAGCAAGUGAUGGGAUAUAGUGAAUAUGAUUUAACGCAAAACAAACACGUUGACACUGUCAUGUUGAAGUACCCUCCCACCAUUUUUAAAACUGUUGGACUGUGGUGGGACCUGCCUGCAGAGGUCAUGCAAAAGCUGAAGCACAUGGCGUAUGAGACUCUACUCGUUGUGAGGCGUGUAAUCCUUCCUCUUCUUGCUUCUAUGACCAUGAGUGACCCGACUGACAUGCUUGGGCUAGAAACUCUGGGUCACGAGCAAACUGAACAACCUCAGAUUUUUGUGUAUGAUGCAUUUGCUGGGGGUAUUGGCAUAGCUGAACAGGCGUACAAAGUUGUCGAACAGGCUUGGAGACAUGCCUUGAGUGUGCUAAAAACAUGUGACUGCAAAUUCGGCUGUCCUGCCUGCACUAUGAGCGCAAACGAGACUGUUAACAACGAAGCGAACAGCAGCAAGCAUGCAGCAAUUGUGUUGCUGGAAUACUUGCUGUGCGCGAGGCAUUCAGCGUCCACGUCUGGUGUGAAAGAAUACACCCUUGCAGUACCUAAGACAUCAAAGGAUCAAGUAGGAAAGUCCAGUUUUGAGGAUCAGCUUCUUGUUAAUGCGCCAGAGCAAUGCUCCAAGCCAAUGAUGCUUAAUUACGGCUCCAAACAAGGCCCGUAUGUCUCAGCAUUGAGAGCAGCUAGCAAAAGCCAAAUUCUGUCAAUGCAGUUCGGCGGUUCAAAAGGGAACAAUUUGAGCUAAUGGUGUCAGAUCAUGUGAAGGGAGGAGAGAAUAUCCGUGAUAGUUUUUCAAAAAACAUUCGUGGGAGGAGACCAUAAUGAAAUCGUGGUUUUUAUACCUUCCAAUUCAUUUUCUUCCUAUUCUUUAAGUUCGACACUCAUUAAUUGACGCGUACUAUUUCCUGGAUUCUGACAUUUUACUUCGCAAUGUGGAAUAAGUUUGUUACCACUCA